AAACGUACAUGCCGAUUACGUGAAAGAUAUGGUGACGAAAGGAGUCAACACUCGUAGAUACGAAGCCACUCUAGGGGACAUGCAAUCCAAUGAAGAGGAUAAAUGUUACUGUACCACACCUAAAACAUGUUUGAGAAGGGGAGUUUUUGAUUUAUCCAAAUGUAUGGGAGUACCUAUUUAUGCUACCCUACCUCAUUUCUUAGAAGCAGAUGAAAUAUAUCUCCAGCAAGUACAAGGAUUAAAGCCAUCGGCUGAAGAACAUAUUAUUUAUCUUCUCUUAGAGCCGCUCACAGGGACUCCAAUAAUAGCGAAAAAAAGGAUGCAACUCAAUUUACCCGUAUUUGCCAAUGAGAAAAUAUCGCUGAUGAAAAAUGUAUCAGAAUCACUCCAUCCUAUAUUUUGGAUAGAAGAGAGAGAUGCUAGUACUGCUAGUCUAGAAACAGUAACAUCCGACAGUGGAGAAAAUGAUGUUGGCAUGGACAUGGCCUGA